CGUUAUUCGAUUUGUUUCCACAUUUUUUUCAUCGAAAUAAUUUUAUUUCUGUAUUGAAGUUAUCCUUGUGGCACAAGAUUUUGCUCAACUUGGGUCUCACUGAUUUGCUGCUUCAGUGGUAGAUUCAGCUUAACCUCUCCUGCUGGAACUUUUGAUAAGUGCUAUUUCAACCCCUUUUAUAGUAAUCUACUUAGGGAACAUUAUCUCUUCACUUGAUGAUAAAAUUCAUACUUGGGGUUUUUAGAUACCCAUGUCAAACUUCAUUGACAAAGUCAAAACUCAAAAUGGAUUCCAGUCAAUUCAAAAUAACAGAAAUGUAUCAAACCGGUGAUAUUUUCGCCGAGACGUAAACCCAGAUUGCCCCGUGUCUUAACAACCUAAGUAUUUUAAGAAGCAAACCACAGCUAAACUCGACAAGAUCAUUUUGAUGGCAAUGUAAAGCGUCAAGUCUGGUAGUUAGGAAAGGCCGUUUGGUUCUCAUUUGAUAAAUAAAGAAAAUUAGCACUUAUCCUUUUUUGUGCAAAUGUAGAUGGGCCAUGGUAAAAAAAGUGAAGAAUCCUGGAGUCCUGCUUCGAUAUUCAACCUCUUAAACAUCAAAGAAGUGCAGUUUACUUUUUAAACUUCUGCAUAUAUUCAUGAUUACUAAUCAAUGUUUACAGUCCACAAAUAGCCUUUCAAAAACAUUUUGGUCUACUGGGCUGACCCAGUUCUUAUCUGUUGAAGGCGAUUUUAGGAUAAUUCCCCCCAUUUUCUAGAUUGUUGUUUCCAUGAUUGUUCGGAUUUUGAAAUCCUCCAAUACUUGUGGCCUGUUAUUUAAUGACUGGCAUGCAAGUGUUCAUUCGUAUCAGGUUUAUAUCUUUGCGGUGUUCCCUUGAAUCUCCAGUCUAUUUCGAAUAUGCAAAUCAACAGUUUCCUCGUAAACAUAUUUUGAGACAAAGCUGAAUCUCAUCUGAUGUCAAGACCUUUUCCUUGUUAAAGGGUUGCAUCAAUUGAGUGUAAGUCCCUAUAAUGCCUUCUUUUGUGUGCCCUAAGUAGAUAUGAGUCUUCUUCCAGCACUAUUUGUCGUCAAUAUCUGUGGAGUUAAUCAGGAUGAAAGCAUCAUAAGAGCGUUACAAAUGAUGAGGCCGAGUGUUAUCGCACACGGAAAGCCACAGUCUGUCUGACGGGGGCGUACUAACACCAUAUUUUCGAUGCUUUGAAUUGCACUAGUCACGCUGCUUUUGGUAUCCAAAUUUUUGAAAAAAACCACAGUUUUCAGAGUUUGCAAUGGGUGGCCGCAAUUGAGACUCAAUAACUUCGUCAGUUUAAUGUUUCAAAUAAUCUUAGAAACAUCACCAAAGCUUUUUAGCUCGAAGAAAGCCAGGGUAGUGCCUUUUCAAGAGCGGGGAAUGUCUUGCGUUUAGUUAAGUAAGGUUCACCCCUGACUGCUUGGACUUAUAUCUUGAUUUAAGUACCCUAUCUGUUUUUUGGCAAGCAGCAUAGCAUCAAUUGAACGGAAGAAUUUCUUGCGUUGGUUAUGAUAAUGCGGACGCAAUAGUUUUUAAUGCUAUUGGUCAAAUUAUGUUGUAUGUUGAUGGCAUGAAUGGAGUUAUCCAACAUAAUGAAACCAUUCAGUGGCUUUAUCAGUUGCUUUCUUCAAGGUAUCGCCUUGUACAGAAAACGUCGCUCAAGUUAUUAUUGGUUUUUGUGGAAUACACUGAAAGCAAUGCGAGACUUGUCUGGGAUGCUAUUAAAGGUGUUGACACGUCUAGAGAAACCUGUCUUGCGAAAGGGAUUCUAGACAUCCUUAACGAAACUGACAACUCCACAGAUGACGAACUUCUUGAAUACGCAAUGACUUUAAUAAACAAGAUUUUGUACGGCACACCCGACCAGAAGACAUUUUACGAUAUUACAGAUACUUUAGAAGAAGAAGGGAUGGAGGCGAUUGUUCAGAAAUUCAGAAACAGAACGCCAAAGAACAAAAAUCUGUUUGAGCAGUGUGAUAUUUACGAAGCAUCACUAAAAGCCGAAGAUGGGGACGAGACCUUCAGUGAACUCAGUAUGGGAUCGAGUAGCAUCAGAUCUCGUCGCAGUAAAGGAUCAGGACACCUGGACCUUGAUCCUUCGUAUCGGCGAAAGAGUAGGCGCCAUACUAGUGCUGCACGCAGUGAACAAAAUUCGGCUCCAGACCUCAGAGUCAUCAGCAAUGGUCCAUCGACAGUGGCUGAAAAAGUUCAUGCUGAGGAUCAACAACUAUCGAAGCAGAUGUCCUGUUCUUCACCCGAGCUGGACAUGAAAGCGCGAAGAAGGCAGCAAAGAAGGGAACGUCGAUUUGGAAAAAUGUCGCAGAUUAACUCUGGAGAAAGCUUAGACACGGCGGAUGAAUACUCAGCAUCAGAACGAGAUCGAAAACACUCCGAGCCAGAUCGACGCCUUACACUGAAAGAGAGACAAGCACGAAAAUCAGGCGACCAUUCAGAACCUACAUCGCCCACUGGAAAUGAAUUGUCACCGUCAAAAUCUGUUGAGUCCCCACGAAGUCCAAAGAUUAACAUGAAACAACGAUUUGAAGUUGACGAACAAACGGAACGAAGGCCCCUCAGAGACCGAUUGGCAAGUUCGCAUAGCAGUAACGACAGCAAGGAAUCAGAGGAUCCCCCGAGAUUCCGUCGACGAGCACAUCGUGGUCACCAACAAGAUGACCCGAAUGCUCCGCCACAGGGGUCACUGCAACGUAAACAAAGCUUGACGGAGCAGGGGGACUCAAAACGAAAAAUGUUACGAAUGUUUUACGGCCAAUCUGUGGAAAAAACAGAUAUGGAGUUAGCUAAUGAAAAUGGCGUCAUCAAAUCCCCGGAAGUAACUGAGAGUAUACGAGAAAGGAAAUCAAAUUUGACAAAAUCAACAUCAAAAAGUGAAGAUGUAGAAAAGAAAAACGUUGAAAAUCUUGAAGAUAUAAGAGGCAAUGUGCAGUCUGUUCAAAAUAAACUGAUAUCCAGACCAUCGACUGAUUCUGAAAAGCAAGAAAACGUUAAACAAAACAGCGAGAAGACAAGCAUUCUUUCCAAAGUCAAAAGCGUCAUUACAAAACCGUUUGAAAGCUCUUCGUCAGCUGCAGAGAAAGCGAAACAAGAAGCGGGUCGUAACCAAGAAGAACUCGAACUUGAGUUACGAAUAUUAAGGACUAGACCGCUUAUUAUCGACCAGUUUGAUUUCUCUGACCUGAAAGAUGAAGAUGACGAAGAUGCUUUCGGGCAACCCAAGGUUCUUCAUUCUGCGACGGAUGGCCCCCCUCUUCCUCCGCCACCACCAGGCUUCCCAGGUGGGGCACCACCGCCCCCUCCUCCUCCUGGAAUGGGCCCGCCCCCUCCUCCUCCACCUGGCGGCCUUUCGUCGAGACGGGAGCCUAGUCGAAAACUCGUUCGCCUGUUUUGGCAAGAGGUUAGGAAUAUGCCAGUGGCAAACGGUGUUAGUAAAACUAUCUGGUCAAGCAUCGAUCCUGUGGAUGUAGAUACGAAAAAGCUAGAGCAUUUGUUUGAAAGUCGAUCAAAAGCGGGCACUUUAAAGAGAGUGGAAUCAGAAGAAAAGUUAGGGAAAAAAGAAAUUAGCGUCUUGCCGCUGAAGAGGGCACAAGCUAUCAAUAUUGUUUUAACAAAGUUGCCACCUAUUCGAGCAAUCAAACAAGCGAUACUUGAUAUGGAUAGUGCAGUUAUUGACAGGGAAGGCAUCGAGAAAAUCAUGCAAAUGCUACCCACUGAAGAGGAGAAGUCAAAGAUUCAGGAAUCACAAAUGCAGUUCCCAGAUCUCCCGCUAGCACAUGCUGAACAAUUUUUGUUGACUUUAUCCUCAAUUAAUGAGCUCUGUCCGAGGUUGAAUCUGUGGGCUUUUAAAAUGGAUUAUGAUACUAACGAGAGAGAGGCUGCAGAAUCGUUAUCAGAUUUGAAAAGUACAGUUGAACAGAUAAGGAAAAGCGUCACAUUAAGAAAGAUAUUGGCCACACUUCUAGCCAUUGGAAAUUUCCUCAACGGUGUGAAGAUAAAAGCUUUCCAGCUUGACUAUCUUGCUAAAGUUCCUGAGGUGAAAGACACUGUGCACAAGCAAUCGCUUUUAUAUCAUCUAUGUACAAUGGUUAUGGAAAAAUACCCAGACACUUCAGAUUUAUAUAGUGAACUUGGGGCAUUACAUCGUUGCUCAAGGGUGGAUUUUGACAACAUAGCGCAAAUACUAAAGAGCCUGGACGAUAAUUGUAAACGAUCAUGGGAACACUUGAGACUUAUAGCAAAACAUGACAGCUCGUCACCUUUGAAAACAAGGCUCACAGAGUUUCUGGCUGACGCCGGUGAAAGAAUAGCGAUUCUGAAGGUGGUUUAUCGAAGAGUCAUUAAUAGAUAUAGAAAAAUGUUGCUGUUUCUUGCAAUGACACCGAAAGCUGCUAAAGACUCAAAGCCCCAUGAAUUUUGCAAAGUCAUCAGUGAAUUCGCAUUAGAAUAUCGAACUGUUCGGCAGAGAGUUCUAGAUCAAAAAAGGAAAAAAGAGGACCAUAGAAAACGAACGAAAACGCGCGGAAAAUUGAUAACCGAAUCAGGAGCAUAUGGUAACGUCGAGCAGCAGUCAUCAUCGAAUUCGCCUGGCACGACUGCUGUUCCAGUCAACGACCCUCGUAGCAACGAAAGCGUUGAUAUGGAAGCAUUCCAUAAUGCCUUGGUUGCUGACAACCCAAAAGCUCAGUUGAAAAGUCCACAGAAAACUCGCCAGCGAACACCGUCAGGACGUCCUCAUGUAGCGCAGAACAGGGAGAAAGAAAACAACCAUGUACCGAGCACCCCAACGAACAAUAAUAAUAAUUAUACUAAUUAUGACACGGAUGAUCAGACGGAUCAAAUGAUGGAUUUAUUAGUUAAGUCGGCGACGUCUGCGGACAAAAGAACACGAAUAAGAAAAAAUAGAGCGAAGGAAGGAAAAACACCGAGGAAAUCAGUGAGACGAACAAGAACACUGAAAAAUGGCCUUUCCCCAGAAGAGCUAGAAGCCUUGCAAGUUCAAGCUAACAAAACAGUGAGGCAGAUUCAAGUUUAGAACUUAUUUAAAUUGAUUACAUUUUCUGAGAAUCCUUCUAUUAAGUCAUUUUGGAUGACAAUUUACCUUUGGAAAUUCGCAAAUUUUACCCUGGACGAGAACUUUUCUCCUUGUGAGAAUUAUAACUGCUUGACGACAGGCCUAAAUCAGUUGAAAUGGAGAUAUUCCAUAAUAAAUUUUAAACCAACACUGAAUAUUUGUGUAAUUUGGACAACAUAAUAAUAAUAAUAACAAUUAAAAAACGCAUCAUUCAUUAUUUAGAUUUCCAUUGGAAUCUUACACAUCUUUUCUUCAUUCAGUUGUAUAAAGCUUAGAUAAGGACAGCAAAGUUGAGCUGGAUUUAAUAUGAUCAAAAGGCUUUGUUGUAGUUGCCAGUCUUUUAGAUAUUGUUAUAGGCUAUUUCAAUGCUCUCGCUCUGUACCAUUAAAUAUUCCCAGCUAAAUUCGCAAAGUCUGAUGAACUUUGUUGGAUAGUGUAUGUUUUGAGCUUAGUAUAGUUUAUUGCCAAGAUUUUCUAACAAAAACAAUUCAGAUUUUGUCAAGAUUCAUUCUAGUGGGUUUAGACUCUCAGUCACAGUGUUGACAGAUUUGAUUUUAAAAGGCAAUCUGUCUCGUUGUGGAUUGGUUAACGAGAACAAUAGCUGAAACAAUAGCCUAAACACAAUUCCAGCGCUCCGCCAUAUUUUUUACAAUGCGAUAAAUUAAAGGGGACUGGAAACAAUAAAAAUCCCUCUGUUCUUAUAAUCAAUCAACGUCGUGACAGAUUGCCUUUAACACCAUUUGUGAAGCAAGAAAAAUACUAAUUUGUUGAUAAACCCAAGAAAAGGCAUUUAACUUAAGCCUACUUGUCAAGUAUUUUGUUUCCCAUUGCUGGAAGCUGUCAGAACUGAACCUAUUAUUAUUAAAUAUUUAAAGACUUCUAACCUUUUUGUUGCAAUUUUGACUUUCAGUGGCACCGCUACUCAGUAAGUGCUUUAAUUAUGUGUUAGUUCUUGUUCCUUGAAUCCAAGAUUUCACUGCUCCGCUUUGGUUCAAAGUCACAUAAAGCACCUAUUUAAAAGCUACUGUAAACCUCUCACAUCUUUUAAGAUUCUUCAAGGGGUAUUAAUUGAAAUUUGUCAUUUUCUAAGUUCAAAUUCAGGUAAAAUUUGGCAUGAACUGUUUCGAUAGAUUAGCUCUUCACCAGAAAAGACCUUUAUCGUGCAGUUGCUGGCUUGAUCUCAUUUCAUGAAGAAAAAUCAUCAAAAUGGUUAAUUUAUUUAUAAAUUAUCUCAUUUCAUGAAGAAAAAUCAUCAAAGUGGUUAAUUUAUUUAUAAAUUGAACUUCUUCCUACAGACACUGCUCAGCUACUGCAAAUCAUAAUAAGUUUCGAUUAGGUUGCCUGUUUACAAGGCCGUUUACUCAGUUCGUAGCAGUAUCUGAAGAAAAUAGGAAGUAGCUUUAAUUAAUUUAAAGAUUUUCUAAUCGUUCUUAACAUGAAUUGUUUGUAUAUUUGUAUUUUUCAUAAGGUUAUGCACGCAUUCUGUCAGUUGAGGCGUCAAAUUUGUGAUCUUUUUUGUUAGGAUUAAUGUUGAUAUUACUUAUCUGUAGUUCUAAUCA